AUGGGAUUUGCGAAAGCAAAACCACCAAAGGGUGAACCUUACUUUGUUGGAUGGAUUCCACGAAGUUUUGCGGAAAAACUUCUUCAUUCCGAUGGCGAAUUCCUUGUCCGGCAAUCACAGCAAGAGAGCGGAGAACCUGAAAUGGUGUUGUCGCUGAAGCACAAAGACCACUUUCACCAUUAUUUCAUCUAUUUGGAACGUGGAUUAUACCAUUUGGAGGAUGUUUUCAAACCGGAUAUCUCCAGCUUAAUUGAAUAUUAUAUGACAACACAAAAGAAAAUUUUUGGUGGAAGAGCAACACUCAAAAUACCGUUUCUUAGACCGUUCAAUUUCUUUGCUGAACACAACGUAGAGAUACAUAAAGUAAUUGGUGAAGGAGCGUUUGGUAAGGUAUAUUAUGGAGCUUUACGUACGCAUGAAAAACUUUGUGAGUGUGCGAUAAAGGUUGUGAACAGCGAACCAUUUGAAACCGCUGAUAUGAAAGAAAUACGAACAAAGUUUGCUAAGGAAGCUGAAAUUAUGCUGCAGUUACAGCACCCGAAUAUUCUUUCUGCAUAUGGUCUUGUCGUAGACACAAAUCCUAACCAACUGAUUCUUGAAUAUGCGCCAGGAGGAUCGCUUCGCAAAUUUUUAAUGGAAACACCAGCAAAGUUUGUGUCUGUCAGAAUGUUAUCAGGAUUUUGCAAUGAAGCAGCCAGUGGUUUAGACUAUUUGGCUUCUAUGAAAGUUAUACAUGGUGAUAUAGCAGCCAGAAACUGUCUGCUUGGUAACAACAAUCAACUAAAAAUCUGUGACUUUGGUUUAUCAACAAUUGGUCAAAAACAUUUCAACUUUUCGGCAGUAACACAAACUCCUACAAAAUGGCUGGCACCAGAAGCUUUCACCAGACGGCAACUUUCGACUCAGACUGAUGUGUGGGCUUUUGGUGUACUAAUGUGGGAGAUUUUUUCUCGCUGUAAAACUAUGCCGUACCCUGCUUUAACAAACCAAGAAACUGUUCAAUGGGUACGUUAUAUUCUAAAGUAG